AUGGGUCCCCAAGACGAAGAGGACACCGACGAGGACGACGACGACAGUGAUGACGACGAAGACGACGAUGAGGAAGAGGACCCGACUCAGACUAUUGUGGAUAUGGGUCGGCAUGAGCGUAUGCAGCGCAUCCAGAAGGUGCUGUACGAGCAGCUCGUGGGGAACGAUGAGCGCUUGUCGCUGGAGCUUCGCGAGAAGGAAGAAGAGCUCCGUCGAGCCAAGACGGCACGAGAAGACGUGGGUGUUGCGCUGUAUGGAGUACAGCAGCAACUUGCACAGCUUCAAGUUGCACUCGAAGCAGCGCAUCGCCGCCUUACGACGCUGCAUGACGAACGGUUUACGAGUGAAGAUAAGCUUGACGAGUGGAAAGCGAGUGCUGAGGAGAAGAAGUUGGCGGUCGAACGUCGUCGUGCACACCUGCACAAGACACAAGCUGAGCUCGACUCUCUGAAUGCAAUACUACGACAGGUGGAGAAAUACAACGAAGAGAUGAAACACGAGAUUGCUCGCACACAACGUGCCGCGGAGAAGGCGGAGGAGUCAAUGACGGUUGCCGAGAAAGAUAAAGUGAAGCAGGAUCUGUACAUUGAUCGGCUGAAUGAGCAAGUGAAGACACUGCAAGAUCAACUGGCAGCUAAUGCUUCGCAGCUCAAGACGCAGCGGAUGGAAACUCAAGCCGCAGAAGAAACGCUACGUGAGGCUGCGGCGCAAAUGGAGGCUGUAGCUUUUGAGAAGAAGCAACUUCUACAGCAGUGGAAGAGUGCGCUUAUUGGAAUGCAGCAGCGUGAUACUGCGCUUCAGGCCACUCAAGCCGCGAUCUCCAAGGUGGUUGAGGACGAACUAGCGCUCAGUGCUGAGCAGCGUGGCUAUAAACUCUCAAUCGAAAAGGCCCAGCAAAUCCAUGAGACGCUGAUCGCUACCAUCGAGCGCUUCAACGUAGAGCUGCGCUUCGUCGAGGAGCAAACCCAGAACUUACAAGCUGAAUUCGAACGUCUCGCAGCUCGUCAUGAGCUGCUGGCCAAGUCUCUUAAGCAAACAGAGGCGCAGGUCUCUUCUGCUGCGUUGGAAGGCAAGAAGCUGGAGUCAGAAGCUGCCCAAGUAGCGCAGCACUUGGAGACAACGCAGCGUGAACGUCACUUGCUUGAAGACGAGAUAGCUGCCGAGAAGAACGACCAAACCACCGUACACAAGGCAGCGCACAAUCUCACCAAGGAGACCCAGCGACUUGUGUCUCGUGUGCACGAGAAAGAAGUCGAGCUGGCGAAUCUUCGCAACGAGAUGGCUCGAGUAGGAGUCGACGCACUCAAUGUGCAGAACCACACCGCGCAGCUUGUAGAGGCCCAACGAGCCCUCGUUGAAGAGCUCAGGCGAGACGAUCAGCGUGUGAAACGUGCCGAGCUGGAGAUCCGUCAGCGAAACGAUGAGAUCGAAAAGAAGAUGCUGCGUCUGGAUCGUCUUAACAAAAAGUACGAGCAACUUGUGAGUAAGAUGGAGGACGCAGACACUGGUCCACUGGAAGCGAUCAUCAAGAACUUGGUUCGUGAGACCAAGAUCGGUCGAGAAGACAACACUGCCAAGCAGAAGCAGUGGCUUAACACCCAAACGGCACUUGUACAUGCUGCAAGUGAGGCACAAGAGCUGAGUGACCGCAACCAGGAACGUAAGAGCAAGACGAGCGUUCUGGAACAGAAACAGCUGCGUCUUCAGCAUGAGCUGCACGAAAUGCAGCGGGAGCUAAGAGAUCUCUCGAAUGGCAUUGCAUCUCUCCACGCAGACACUGGAAGACUGAAUGAUCUUAUCGCUCGUCAAGGUUCUCGUCACGACGACUUGCUUAAUAGUAAUCACGCACUCGAGCUCGAGUUUGCAAGUGAGUUGCGGGAACUCGAGGCCACAUCGGUGUCGAUGGAAACUCGAGCUGCUACUCUACGUCAAGAAAAGCAGGAACUACUGGGCCGUGUCGUGGAGGUAGAGCGACAACUCAUGCUCUGGGAGAAGAAGAUCCAGCUGGAGAAGGAGACCCAAGCUGCUCUUGACCCUGAAGUGGGCCAGGCUGAAGCACGUAGCAUGGAGAAGGAGAUCCACCGCAUGCGUCUACGCCUUGAGACCUUACAACGGAGCCAAGAGCAAAUGCUGCAAGAAAUGGAGCAAGCUGUGCACAAGCGAGACGUCAUUGCGCUUCGUGGUCGUAGUAAGAAAGAACAGGAGGCCGACCUCACGUUUGCUGCGCUUACAGCGAAGGUAUCUACGCUACAGAAUCAACUGCGCAAAAGUGAGCGAGAUGCCUCGAGACUGGAUAAAAGUAUCCGGAAACAACUCGUGGCGGGUGAAGAUGUUUCUUUCCAACUGGAGAAAGUUUCGGCUGAACUUAAAGUGGACGAAGAGCGAGGAUUGUCACUCCAACGUGCGAUUAACACUGCUCUCUACGAUAAGCAGCGAUACAUUGAUGCUGCAGCACGUAAACUUCGUAUGACAAAACGCUUCGACUCGCUCUGUCGCGGAGUGGCCAAUGGUCCUGCCAAUGAGACACAAGCAGCUUCAGCCUUGGAGAAAGCGAAGGAGGGCGUCGAAAAGGUUCGGGCCAUCGUUGUCAUGCUUCAGAAACAGAAUCCUCAUUUGGCUGAGGUUCUUCCUCGCGUUUUGUUGCUUGCUGAAAACCCGCCACCAAUGGAGAAGUAG